UCUUUACCGUUUUUACAAUACUACAAAGCCAUUUCUCCUUUUCCGUUCACAUCAUUCUCUCGCCGUCGGUGAUCCUCCGCCCUCGAGAUUCUUAAUAAAUAUUCUUUCUUCUUUCUUACAAAAAGAAAUCACUAGAAAUGUAAAAGUGAUCUCAUUGAUAUAUUUUUAUUUGUUGUUGUAGUUCAAAUGAAUCACUCUUUAUUUGACUCGUUAGUCCUUGUCUUGAUUUACUCUCUUAAACGUCCGCUAUGUCUUAGAUCUCUCAAAGACUAGUAUAGCUUUGUGACGAUACUGUUUUUAAAGUUAGCCAAGAAGAUGAGGAAGAUCAUAGGGUUUAGAAUCGGGAGACGGGUCUCUAGAUGGAUCCUUCGGAAUACCCGGAUCCGACGUUCCGGUUACAACCGAGUACACUCGAGUACACGACAAGCUUGCAAGCUGAGACCAUUCGCUUUACUCAGAAGUUGGGGACAACGUCUCAAGAAGAGUUUCGGACUUUUCAGGUCUACGAGAGGAUCCGAAUACAUACCCGACCCGGUUCCAAAGGGACACUUGGUGAUCUACGUGGGUCAAAAAGACGGCGACUGUCACAGGGUUUUGGUACCCAUCGUUUACUUUAACCAUCCUCUGUUCGGUGAGCUGCUCAAACAAUCCGAAAAAGAGUAUGGAUUUCGCCACGAAGGUGGUAUCACUAUCCCUUGUCUGUAUUCGGACUUCGAACGGGUCAAGACCCGAAUCGCCUCCGGUUCAAGUUCUCGGAUAUUCCCGUGGAGCCGUCUUUGCCGCAAUUGAAGACAAUUUAUGGAUAAACUUCUUAUAGGAUUUUCAACCUUUAUUUUGUUUUCUUUAAGUAGAUAUUGUUCCCUUUAAAUUUACCAUUUUCUAUCUAAUGUUACUUUUUGUCACUUUA